AUUCGCGAAGAUUGUAAACAAAGUGAUGGUGUUUUGCAAGUUUUGUACAGGGAGUAUUUAAUACAAAGCUUUCAUCAGCCUACAAAUAUAGUACUUAUUUAUGAAUAUGAAAUUGUAAAAUGUCAAACGGGGUAUUUCUACUGUCAUUGACUGGCCAGAUAGAAAGUGCUGUUUUCCCGGAUUUUGACGACAUCUACUGCAAAUAUUGUUUUACUUACGGUUCUGACUGGGCCAUCACGUCGGGACUAGAAGAAGGAAUUUCUCAGAUCGGAAAAUGUAGCCGUGACGAUAGACAAUCUUUCGUUUGGAAUUUUCCCCUUGAUGUUACCUUCAAGAGCACAAAUCCAUUUGGUUGGCCUCAAAUAGUCAUCAGUGUCUAUGGUUUAGAUGCCUUUGGUAAUGAUGUUGUCAGGGGCUAUGGCUUGUGUCACAUUCCAAUUGCUGCAGGUCAAUAUAAAAAGACAUUGCCAAUGUUUGUCCCAGAGUCAACAACAUUGUUGCAAAAGUUGACUUGUUGGCUUACUGGCCGUCGUCCUGAAUAUGUGGAACCUCGAAUCUUGGGUCAGGGCGAAGGCAGAGAAGUUACCAGGGUGCGGUCCCAAGGAUGGGUGAAGGUUUGCUUCAAUACAAUAACACGUGAUGUACAGCAACUUGGUUAUUCUACACGUUCUAGCAGUAAUAGUCACAGUUGCUUAUCACUUUAAUAUGCAAGUCUCAUUAACUUGUAUUUUAAUUGAAGUGUCAAUUUACUGAUAUACAGUAUAUUUAUUUGUGUUGAAAUGGAUACAAAUCAAGAUAAAAAUGUUAAAAUUUUUAUUACAAUGUCUACAUUAUUUUUACACAAUAUUUACACAUAACUGACAAAGUUUGUACUAGCUAUUUUGCACAUUAAAUUUAAUGUAUGUUUAAUUUAUUUUUAAAAACAUAAACAGGAUAAUUAUGUGGGAACUUCAGGUGAUUUUUCCUUUUUCCUUUGCACUAACAACAAUAUGUUUACUCAUAUUGUAUUUCUUCUUCAUGAAGAUUGUGGUGAUCCAUGUAUUACAAACAGCUCUGGUAACGUGGCAAAUUGCAAGCACAACAAAACCCUACAAUUAAUACUGUUAACAUCUGAGCAACCUUGAUGCUUAUGAGAAACUUUUCUUUGAAUUAUGUAUUUUCUUUCCUGCAUUGAGGUUGCUCAUUUUGCAAUAAAUAAUCCAAACUAAAUCCAUGUUAUGAAAAAUUAGUUACUUGACUAGCACAAGAACUUCGAAAGUACAUUGCACCUAACAUGGCAAGUGAAAUGUUUUUACUUUUCCAACAUUGCUGCUAAUUCACUGUGGGUAUACUUUGUUUCAAGAAUCAAUUUUUUUUAAACACUAAACAUUAUGAAACAAAGUUUCCAAUUGAUUAAGAAAAUAUUGAAGAGUUUCUUAUUAGUUUUAGUCUUGUUUAUGUAAGCCAUUUCGAAAAUAAUCCAAUUCUUUCAUUCAGUGGUACAUUCACAAUUUAUGACUAGGUGGUUUGCAGAUACAAAUAUGUAUUCUUCUGUACAUCUUGUAAAGGCUUGCAUCUUCCAUUGUAAGAGGAAUUUUAUAUAAAUACUGACUGGUUCAUGCUGUGUGUUUCAUCCACUUCAAGAUUCAUUAGUAGAUGGAAUUCAGAUAUUCAUCAAACUUCUCUUCUCAUAGUGUUGUCUGCUGUUAGGCGUGUUCCAUAGGUGUCCAAUAGUUCAAGAACCACUCCAUUUGUCCAUCCAAAUCCUGAUUGUGGAAUGUAUUCUCCCCCUCCUCCAGAAUUUCCUGGAACCUCCGCAUCAUACUGAAGAAGAAAAAAAAUACAUGUUCAAUAGUUGUCAAUAGUGCAACAAAGAACCAACAAGUAACCAGUGCAACAAAUGAUUUGUCGUCAAGAUGCCUGUAUUCAAGAAGACGCCACAGCAUUCAUUACUGUUUAGGAUUGCAACAAUUUUUGUCAUAAGAACCUUUCACUGACGAAUUUCAUAGAAUAGAAAAGACAAAUGUCCUAUAGUUUUUUUCUGAAAAGAAAAAAAUACCAAGUUAAGGCCAGUAUCUUUGAGAGAGAGAAGAGAUAUAAUAAUCCAAAUUAUUAUGGAUUAUUUGCAAAAGCAAAUCUCAUAACAAACAGAACAUUAAAGUUAACAUUUUUAAUUAAAUGAAUUUUGAACUUUUUACUUGCUUAAAAAUACAUAUCAACUACUGGAAAUCUUUUUUUACGUUUAGUUUCUUGUUAAUACAAAUUUUGAUGGACGCCUUGUCAUUUUGAUCAAGGUGGGAACCCUAAUCCUCAAACUUUCCUGCUUUAGCAAAUUCGGGUUGUAGACCACUGAAAGUUUUGGAAGAGUCACUAAUAUUGACAUUAUAAAUAUGAGAAUUUUUAAGGGCCAAGGUUUGGAAACUAAAGCAGAACAAUAUGAUCCAAACCAAGUGGAGCUGCCUUCUACCACAACACGUGCCUUCUGUUAUGUAUACCAUCCUAAGAGAAAUCCGAAGAAAACAAGAUUCAUGUCCUCCUCUCUCAAGCCCUAUUUUUCAUUGUUCUUAAUUCUUUUCAAUACAUGAUUGUUUAAUAGUGGACGAACAGAAGCUAUGUACACUAGACAUUACUGCAAAGACCAUAUUUUGAGAAGUAAAUGUCCGAAACAUUUUGUUUUUCCUUCAUACAAAUGACUCAAAAAUGCUCACAUAAAAGUUUCUUGUAG